AUGCAGCUGGCAAACAGAUCGCAGCACCUAGUGUGUGGGAUCAGAACACAGGAGAGAGUCGAUGUGGCUGUACAGCAAGCACCUGGCCUAGAACUGCCACAGCGGAGGAUGAUGAAAGAGGAAUCAAAUGACUACAGCCUGCACUCCACCGAGCGGAGCUGCCUGCUGCGGGAGCUGCACCGCUUCGAGUCCAUCGCCAUCGCCCAAGACCCCUUAUCAGCUAGGGGAAGCUGUCAGCAAUAUGGGGAGACCUGGGCACAUCAAGAACCAAAUGGGGCCUGUUCCUCAGCCCAUUCCCAGGCCUACCACCAGAAGGAUGCAGUUCCAUCAACUAAUUGCCCUAGCGCGAAAUAUGACAGGACACACUAUCUGUGGCCUCCGCUAAUGGCAGAGGCUACAGGGAAACCCAUCCUUUGCUGCGGCUGCUACGCUGAAGGACGGUCCUCAGAGAAGUUGGAGGUUGCACCACCAUCUCCAGGACAACUGAAACAUGUGUUCUUCCACAAUGCAUUACCUUUUGUAGGGUUUGGAUUUUUGGAUAACGCAAUUAUGAUCGCUGCGGGAACCCAAAUAGAGUUGUCAAUUGGAGUUGUCCUAGGAAUUUCAACUAUGGCAGCUGCAGCUUUGGGAAACCUUGUUUCAGAUUUAGCCGGACUGGGUCUUGCAGGUUAUGUAGAAGCUUUAGCUUCACGGCUGGGUCUGUCAAUCCCUGAUCUGACACCCAAACAAGCUGAUAUGUGGCAAACACGUCUCAGUGCACACUUGGGUAAAGCUAUUGGAGUGACCAUUGGCUGCAUUUUAGGAAUGUUUCCUUUGUUGUUCUUUGGUGAUGAGGAAGAAAAACUGGAAGAAAAAAAUUAACCUUUUUACAAGACAUAUACAAAUGUAAACUACUGUACCUCAAUUAUUCAAUUAUGCUGUCAAUAUUUAGGAAUUAACAGACAGUAAAAAAUGUAUAGACUUGGGAACAAAACCUUCAGCAUGUCGUUUUAUGGAAACACUAAUUUAUUGUGGCUUUGUGUUCAGUACUUCUUUUUAUAAGAUAUCAUUUAACUUUUAAUUGUAAAUUUUUGAAGUGUUUUCACUUACGGCAACUGAUGUUUACCACUUUCCCCUUUGAUCUUAUUCUUUAAUGGAUUUUUACUGUAAUAAUCCACUAUGGAUGACAGUAUCACUCGAGUUGCAUAUUGGUUGCUUAACAGUUAAUUGCAUGACAAAAAUUUCACUGCUGUCCAUCAGGUCCUUCAAUGCAGAUUAUUGAGAAGGUCAGUGAUGAGUAAUUUGAAGUCACUCGCUUUGCAAGAUGACUGGUUUUGUGGAGGCUCUCAAAAUGAAUAAAUAACAAACAAAAUAAAAUUUCAACACAAUUGACCAGCACUCUGCAAACAAACAGCAGGUUCAUGUGUCUGUGAGAGGAGAACAAAAACUAUCACCACGCAGACUUCUAGGAUUUAACGACAAUCCAAAAUGCUUGGUCACUCACCUAGAAAAUGAGGGCUUUCAACCUCAGGGAAUUUCUUUGGGCAGCGUUCUGACCCAAGGGGAGAAUCCUUGACCACAGUGCAAUGAUCCAGGAGGGACUAGCUCAAAAUGGCUCCCCAGGGGACUCCGUUUAUACCUGAGCCAAGUCUGAUCUGUGGUCAAUGUCAGCCCUUACUGGCUGAGGGCCCCAAUUACCAUAAAGCCCUGAGAACAAGGGCACAAAAAGAGAAAUCAGUGGCUGCUACAUUUCAGCGGCCAGGAAGCCCUGUUUUCACUGGGUGGGUGCACCUGCCACAACUGGUUGCCCCCUCACCAGCCAUCAUUUUGCACUGCCUUUGGAUUAGAUAUUUUGGUGAUCUACAACAGUCUAGUUUGCAUUUUUUCAUAAUUCUGACUAAGUGUCUCUGAAUUGUCUUCUGAGAUUAUCAUUUUAAUGCUUUGACAAGGUAAGUGUUUCCAGUGUAGGCUCUUUACCAGGUCCAUUUUUAGUGUGUUUUAACACCUUCUGUACUUCCAUAUUCAUGCCUCUUUUUUUCUUCUGUAAACAGUAUCUUGAGAAUUGAGUUUGAGAUAUCCUUAAAUUUGUGUUCCUGAGUUUUGAGUGUGGUAUUAAAGAAUUCAGACCAACUGUUUCAAAACCACAAACAACUUUUUUUUUUUUUUUAAUUGUUCUUCCUAAAGUAAAGUGUGAAUAGUUGAUUGGGUGGACAAGGCCAGGGUAUGAGUGAGUUGUAAAUAAAUUUGCAUUGCAAGGUUGUAAUGGGUGGUUCAGCUGAAAUAAAGUGUACCACCAGUCUGGAUUAGAGGACCUGAUUUGCAGAUUAUAAUUUUGUAUUUAAGUUUAAGACUUGCUACUUUUUUUUUUUUCUUUCCUGUGAGACAAUUAGUUAAACAACAAAAAAAGAGACUUGCGGCCUUUUUCCUUUUCUGCCUUUUAUUUUGGCAGUCUUGCUGUAUUAUAGAUCUGGCAGUUCAGUCAUAUGUAACUGUGCUUUUUUUAUAUGGUCAUGAAUAAAUUUAAUUACAACUAUUGAAUAUUCAUAUUUCGGGAUCUCACUUGCCAGUAGCAUAAUGCUAAACUGGUAACUGUCGAUUAGAGGAGAGAGUUUCUAACCUGUUUGAAUACAAUUUGGAAAAGAUGCUAAGAAGAGAGGCACAGCCAGUGCACUUUAAAGUUUUUAUAGCUGGAAUUGUUAGCACUUCUGAAACCUAGAAAGAAAUAUUUGAAAAAAAAAUAAAAAAAGAAAAAUUCCCUGAUGACACUUAUUUGCUGUAGGAAAAGUCUUACUGUAAGAUAUACAUCUUACAGAGGUCAUUGCUUAUCUCAUGGUCAUAAAUCUGACUUCUCUGUUCUCGUUGCUAGGAGCCCUUUAACAGCAGUACUGAAUCUUGACAUCAACCUUUAAUGAAAAUGACAGUGUUGUAUCUGGUUUUUAAAAAGCAGACUUUAAAAACUUGCUGUGAGUAGUCCUAGUAGCAUGUACUGUACAUUGUACAUUAAACCAUGAGAAUCUGGACCAAACUGUAAAACUGAAAGAGAUCUCAGCCAGGCAUAGAACACAAAUGCAGGGGUGUUUUGGCUUGCAUUUUCAAAGUUGGAAGCUUUAUAAAAAAAAGAAAAAACAACCAACAGAAAAACCCUCCAACCACAAAAAAAAACCCCAAACCAAUGAAACACAAAACCCAAUCCUGCUAGAAAAUUAUGCACUCUUUCCCCAACAGAUUGCUGCUGGUUUACAGUACUUCAGUGACAGGUCUUUUUUUAGCCAUCCACACAUUUGUCUUGCCUUAAACUCUUAACUUUUCUUCCUCUGCACUACUUUUGUUUCUGGUAUGUUUCUAUACAAAGCUGUAAAUAUUUCAUGUGUGUUGGUUUUGGUUUUGUUUUUUUUUUAAACUGAAGCACACAUCAAAACAGUUUUGCAUAGCUUUUUUUUGUAGCUGUUUUUACAGUAAUUCCAACACUGUUUCCCUUUAUGAUACUGGCAUCUUCAUUGGAAGAAGUGGCCAAACCUCUGUUCUUUGCUAUCAUACCAACUGGAACACUGUUUUCAUCACUUUUUAGCUUAUGAGAACAAUUGGACGGCUGUGUCAUCUGUCAUAGUAGUAUUCAUUUUAUAAUGGCAAUAGGAAAGACCAUGUACUGUUGUUAAAUAGCUUGUGCAUGUAAAUUGAGUACGUUUUGUUUCUGUAUGUCAAACUAUUGUACUGCAACCAAUGCUUUUAUCGAGAAUUAAUGAACUAAAAUAUCUUCAAAGAAAUUAAUCAUGUUGUCUUGUUAAAAUAUUUAGCUGACCACAAAAAUGUUGAGGGCAAGUGACACAUGGUAAGAAAUCUUGGGUGUUUCAGGCUGUUGUCUGAUACCAUAAUCUAAAUGGUGACUUCCGGGGGUUCGGUAUUUGACAAAUGUGAAGAAAUAAUUAGUGAUUUGAGAGGAAUAGUGGACCUGGAUGCUGAGAGAAAGUGCUUGUUGGGGUCAAGCUGCCACCCUGAGUACAGUAGGGCUAGCUUGCUUCGCCUGCAGGGUCCACUCUUGUGUGGAUGUGGUACUGCUUUGUGUGGCAGGGAAGAUCUGUGCCCUGUCUCCUUUCAAGGAGGGUAGGAUUUUCUGGGGUAUAUGGAUGAAAGUAAUCCCUGAUGCUCUGAUUGCUUUUUAAAAUACUUUUUAAACACUUUUUAAAACACUGAGGAGAGAGCACUAACGAAACACUCGUUUUUGUUUUCUUUUGUCUUCUCCCUCCUCAAUAAAAGGAAAAACAAACACUACAGGCUUAUUCAGAGACUUCAGUAUUGCUCCUUUUCUUUAUUCUAUCAGUUUGUUCUGUGUUAAUAGGAAUUAUUCUCAUUGAAGGGCUGGUAGACCUGAAAUUGUGUUUAUUUUAAAAUGCUGUCUUUUAUUGUAAUUUAAAAUAUAAAUGUAUUUUUGACUGUAUGUUAUCUCUAGGACAAAGAACAUGCAUCUGAUAAUACAGUUACCCAAAUCUUUUUGCCAAUAUUUUCUCAUUCAUAUACUUUUACCUAAAUUAUUUGAAUUCCGACAACAUAUUUUGUAUUGUCGUUAAAAUUGUCAAACUUUCUGUAAACUUUUGUACUACAGCAAAGCUGUUCUGUGUUUCUUUAUUAGACCAGAUGCUGGAGGGCAAAUGUUAAUAAUAUCCUGUGGGUAUUCAGCCUCAGUUAUACAAAAUGGGAAUUUAUUAUUUAAGUUGUAAGCAAGUGGUCCUUUGUCACUGUCAUAGGAGAUAGGACUGUGGAGUGGUACUUCUCUCUCUUCAUGCUUGGAAGAGAGCGAUUUAAACAAUUAAAAUGUUUCAGUGGUAAACUGUGGUGUUUGUGGUUAAUAUUAGUCAGAAGUCCACUUGCACUUGAACUUCUGGAACUAACUGAGGUUUUGUAUGCAAACUAAUACUUUUUGAACUUUCCUGGACUUUGGAGCUCUUCACCUUUUUUCACUCCUUGGUCAGUCCCUUUUGUGGAUGUCUGUGCAUAAAGAAGUGCUGUGAAUAAAACAUCUGUACUGGAAGGAUGCUCUCAUCUCGUUUUAACAACCCAUAGAGGUUGGCUGUUAUUUUAUUCUGAUUGCAUUGUAUAGUAGAACUCUUCGUUAAUGUUGUUCAGAGAGUCUAUCACACUUCUAGUCAACGUUUCCCUCUUUUCUGAUGUUUUACAUGGUCUAGUGACAAGCUGACAGAGCGGUGAUGUAUAAAUUAAAGACUUUAAUAAAGUAUUGAGGAAUUAA